CAGCCCCGCGCGAUGACGUCAGCGGCGCACGUGGCCGCCGGGCCGUGCCGCGGGCUCGCGCCGUUCUUGUCCCGCCGGCCCAGCGGCUCGCGCCGCGCCACGCCGCAUUGCGCCGCGCCAUGAGGGUGCAGCUGGAGCGGUGCUGCGGGGAGUGGCGGGAGCUGGAGGAGGAGUUCCGGCAGCUGCAGGAAACGCACAAAGUUUACAGACAGAAACUGGAGGAAGUCACCAGCUUGCAGACAGCUUGCAGCAGCUCCAUACACCGGCAGAAGAAGACAUUAAGGGACCUGAAGCACAGCCUGCAACGGUGCAAGCCCAGAGCUACUCCUGAAGAAUUUGCUCUUAUAGAGCAGAUCAGCACCCAGAUCAAAGAGAGGCAAAAUGCCUUCUUCGACAUGGAAGCCUACUUGCCAAAGAAAAACGGUUUGUACUUAAAUCUGGUGCUGGGAAACGUGAAUGUAACCCUCCUGAGUAACCAAGCAAAGUUCGCCUACAAAGAUGAGUAUGAAAAGUUCAAGCUUUAUCUCACGAUUAUCUUGUUACUCGGGGCUGUGGCCUGCAGGUUUAUUCUUCACUACAGGGUGACAGAUGAAGUGUUUAACUUUCUGUUAGUGUGGUAUUACUGCACACUGACGAUACGGGAAAGCAUUCUCAUUAGCAAUGGAUCAAGGAUCAAAGGCUGGUGGGUGUCUCAUCACUAUGUCUCCACAUUCCUGUCUGGAGUAAUGUUAACAUGGCCAGAUGGACUCAUGUAUCAAAUGUUUCGCAGUCAGUUUUUAGCAUUUUCAAUAUUUCAGAGUUGUGUUCAGUUCCUACAAUAUUAUUAUCAAAGGGGCUGCCUUUAUAGGCUCCGUGCUUUGGGGGAGAGAAACCACCUGGACCUUACAGUUGAAGGAUUUCAGUCCUGGAUGUGGCGGGGGCUGACGUUUCUUCUUCCCUUCUUGUUCUUUGGACAUUUCUGGCAGCUAUAUAAUGCAAUCACACUUUUUGGAUUGUCCAGGCAUAAGGAGUGCAAAGAAUGGCAGGUUUGUGUGCUGGCUUUCACAUUUCUGCUGCUCUUCCUUGGGAACUUCCUCACUACUCUCAAAGUGGUGCACACUAAGCUGCAGAAGAACAAAGACAAAAUGAAGAAACUGUGAACCCUGCAGGGGGUGCUGGGUGCCAGCUCUGGAGCUCGCUGUCCCUGUGCGCACAGCAUUGGGCAGAGCCUCCUUAACUGCUGCUAUGUGUGAACGGACUGUGAAGAACUCAUCUGUCCCGUGUUUGGUGAAGGAUGUGGACUCCUCCAGCACAGACUCAGCAUUAUGCAAGCAUGGCUCUCCAGUCUGCAGUCCUGCUAUUUAUGUAUAUUUAAUACCAAACGUGUUUGCAUUUGGUUUUUCUGUAUAUAUAGCAGCAUGCACCUGCUCGGCAAAAAGCCAGCAUUGGGAGAAUGUGGGAUCUACUGUAAUUCCGGUCCUGGAAUGAUAUUUAACACUUUCCAGUUUUAUUAUUUAAACUCCAGUAUUGAAUUUUGCAAAGCUUUAUGAACACUCCAGGUUGAUCAGUAAUACAGACUGAAUGCUGUCUUAAAAAGCAUUUGUUUAAGACAUUUUCAGUGGCAAUACUAACCUGUGUGUACUGUGAAAAAAUGCCCAUCUUUGUACCAUACUGCUGCUAUAUACACUUUUAAGAAGCUAUUUAAAGAGAAAUCUUCUUAAAAACAAGCAAGCAAAACCAGUUGUUAAAUGGCAGGGAAUUCUGCUAGCCCUCUUCCAGAGGGAUCAGGUAAUCUGUUCAAGCCUGGAAAAGACUUAUAAUAAACCAUACAAUAUGCAGCUGCUUCAGCCCCUUUUUAGUAACAAACACAGCGCCCUUUGGGUUGUCUUUUGAGACACAGUUUUUCCUGAAAAUGCUCUUGAUCAGUGGCAAUAAGUGUAGUUGCGCUUCAGGUCCUAUUUUCAGUUUUUGUGGUUUUUUUUUUAACUCCAGUGCUGUUCUGAAAGGUGAAGACAGGCAAGUAGAAGUAUUAAAUAUUUUCAUUAGAUACUGGUUGUUAAGAGAAUGUAAACACUUGUUCAGAACGAUGGCUGAGAACAAAGACUCCCACCUUGCUUAACUCCUUGUGCUUCUUAAACUCACUCAGCUGAAUAAGCUUGUUCAAGUGCUUUAACAUCUGUACCUCCUGAGCUGCAGUGCUGUGAGCUGCUGCAUGCAGUGUGCUUCUCUGCUGUGCCAGCUUCCUUGGAGCUAGCACAAGGCCUGACCUGGGGAAGUGGCUUUGGCAGAAUGAUUUGAGAAUUAUGCCCAUCUCCCAGUAAGCAUGCUCAUGAAGAAAUGCUUAUGCACUAUAGACUUUAAAUGUUCCAGCAGUUAUUUUGUUGCUGCAAGGCUAGUAAAUUUACCCUUACAGUGUCAUCGUCAAGUGGGCACGAACAAUAAAUUGCAAUUUGCAUAUUUUGAACAACUUUCACUCUAGCUGGGCUGUAUCUUGCUACAUUAACUUUUGACUUCUGCACACUGUGUGAGGUUGGUUUUUUCCUUCUGUCUCUGAACUCUCCAUUUAUGAAAUGUAAAUUCUUUUAUUUUGAGAGCAGUGCUGGAACCUGGCAGAUGUGAGCAGCAGACUUGGUACUCCAGGGGUGAGGGAGCCCUGUGUAUAGCAAGUAACUUGAAUUCUGCAGCGUGAGAAACUGGGAUUAUAAAAGCGAGGAAAGAUUCCAGACGUGGUGCUGAGGGUAAAUGUGGUAACUUUCAGUGUGGUGGUAUUUCAAGCUUACUGGGUAAGGUGAUGUGUGUUUUUUAUUUUGUUUUUUAAUCUUCUAUUUUAAGCUUGUAGGGAUUCAUAGACCUUUGCUGAUUCACUGUUGUAAAUGAGAGCUUAGA